UAAUCUUCCCAUAAUCCCGCUCGUUCCGCAAAUAAUACAGUACAGUACAAGACUGUAUGUAGUUAGGUCUCAUCGAGAGAUAAAAGAGUUUAUCUUAACUACUGCCCAGCACUUUAAUUUGUGUGUUUCUGAGUUUUUGUAUUAUGAUUGGUCCUUCGGCGUCUACGUCCAUUGUAAACUAAGAUAACGGCAGUAUUAUUACAAUGUCCGGACCAAAUGGAGAUCCUGACAUGAACAUUGACGAUGGCCUCAUCGAGGACGGAGACGAAUUUAAUGACGAAGAGUUUGCAGCCGUUAACUCCAUGCUGGACCAAAUCAACUCGUACCUGGACACCUUGGAGGAGCGAAAUGACGCGCUCAACAGCAAAAUGCACGAACUCCUUGAGUCCAAUCGGCAAGCCCGGCAGGAGUUCAGAGCCCAGGUAGAGGACCGCCGGGUCGGGGACGAUCGCUCCUCUUUGCCAGGCUUUCAGGAGGACCACGAUGAAGACACGAGGGAGGCUCGCAACUGAACAGUGACACCAUUUACAAUGUGAAGAAUCAUUCCUUAAGCAAGAUCAUUUUACAUGUAGAUGAAAUCUCUGGUUCUUAAUACUCCCCUAAAUGUGAUUCCUUGCCUGUAAUGCAUAUGGCAAAAUCAUGCUGUAAUGUUCAUUUUCUCUGUUCGUGCUGUGUAGUAAAGGGAAAAAAAGUUUACACCAGUGUUGGGAAUAGAGACAUUUUAAUAUAAAUUAAAAUGACCAAGAAAAUACAUUACUUCCAGCAGUUUAGAAAACAUCUUGAUUUCAGUUUCAUCUGUCACUGAAUAAAAAAUAGUCAUAAGAAACAAAGAUUUGUUUUGAAAUCACAUCAUUCAGAGCUCCAAUAUAUAGAAUCCUACAAACAAAAACAGUGAGGGGUGGUGGAAGCUUGUGCUAAUCAUGUGCCUGGUCACCAAUGGUGAUGUCAAGCUUUGCUACAUAUGAGCAAGACUUUGGCUCUAAAUAACUACAACUGAGGAUGAAAUGUUCCUGGAACAGUUAAGAAAAAAGGAGUGAUGAAUUAGUGAACCUCUUAUAAUAGAAUGGUCCAAAAAAUGAAGCAAAAAUUAAGCGUUUAGUUUUAGAAGAUGUGUCAAGCCUCUACUCUUUCAUCAGAUAUCAAAACUUCACUUUAAAAAAAAAAAACAGAACAUGACACCAAAAUGCCAGAAGCAAACACUGAUGGUCCGACAUGAUUUAAAACACACGAUGACAUAAGAGCAGUCUUGUGAGCAGCAUAAACAGGCCAUGAUGGACAAGCUUUCAAAUAAAGCUGUACAGUAAACAUUACAGUUGUCUUUAUUUGCGAGAGGUUGGUUGCAAGGUCUUUGCUGCAAUGUCUGUUGCCCAACUGACCCAAAGAACGCCCUCAUUUUUUUUUUUUUUUUUUAAGAAAAGGUUUUUAUUCUUUAAAAAUAAAAAGUGGAACCUCCAAAAUGGAACACAAUUGGGGGGCAUUUAUUUCAAGUUGUAUUCAUUUAACAAUUUUCCCAAGAGAAAAUUAUGGAACAGGAAUGAAUGAUUCUCAAAAUUUAGCCCUAAGAAAACCUUUAACAGUAAAAUGCUUUAACUUUCCUAAUAUGCAAUAAAAAUAUAAACAUAUAACAUAAAACUACUCGCCUGACAGACACAAUGGAGGGGAAACAAAACGGUUCAGUGUACCCCAGUGGUAUCUUACAGGCAUUGGUGAGAACUCAAAAAUGGUUGCUCAUGAGUUAGUCUUUUUUUUUUUUACACUUUUUUGCUUGAUUCAGAUUGUAGGAUUAAUCAUGCAGUUGAUGAUCAAUUGUUCCUUUGUAUUGAGCCAUCUGAAGCUUUGCCAACUGCAGCCAUUUCUAGAUUUUUGGUAGUAUCACGGGGGGGGGGGGGGG